AUGGCCAACCAUGAGAUCCUUUUGCCCGAAAAUGUAGAGCAAACCAUGAAUGGUGUACUGCUCCUUAUAAGCGUGCCAUCCAUGUCUCAUGAUUCUCUCCAAAAUCGUGAUCGUUUACAACAGUUUUUCUCCGACAUCAAAAGAAUUCUUGACCUUUCGUUCCGUAUGGUUGGCAAUAUUUUACUGGGUACUGAUCCUCCUCAUCGGGACCCGGAGAGACAGGAUUUGGAGGGCUACAGCUACAACAGUUCUGAUGAUCUACUGGGCAAACUCCAGCAAAUUUCGUCCGAGCUGUCUGCAUGCAAGGCUCCUGGUGGGGGAAAUGAACUCAAAACAACAAUUUCCAUACUAAACAAGCUCUCAAGCUGUUCAUGGGUUGAGAAGGCAGUGCUGGUAAUUGCGGCUUUUGCUUUGGACUAUCGAGAUUUCUGGGGCCUUGCGCAGUUAGAUGACUCUCUGGACCAUCUGGCCAAGUCAGUGGGAAUCGCAAACCGUGUACCUGCCAUGCCAAAACGCCCAGACCUUAAAAAAUGCCAGAAAGUGAUUGAGGUGCGCAAGUUGAUCGAGAGCACGUUGGAAGUAAUAACAAACAUUGUAGUGUUGGAAGAGAUAUCUGAGUUGGCGGAAAAGUACUACAGAAAUACACUUGCAACGGCAACUUUGGCAAAAUGCAUCCCAGUGCAUGUCUUUUGGGCUAUCAUAACUGUUGUUGCUUGCGCGACUCAAAUGCAUUGCCUUAGCAGUGAUGAGUAA